GCAUGCCCACAAAAUAAAAACAAAUAAAGCAAUAACAGUAUAAAGCAUUGUUUUUCCCCGUCAGGCAUGUUGAUUUGCAAAAAGUGAACCGAACGUUCGUGUUUUUGUAGAUGCAGCCGAGAACGACGAGGAUGGGACCGAAACGUAGGACCGAAGGCGUCUAAACCGCUGAUCUGAUAUUCGGAAAAGCCUGCCAAACGUUCCGGUGGGCAAUUGAUACGUCCGAAACGUUCUUUUCGCACUUUCCAACUAGUAUGCCCAAUAGUGACCUGUCCGGUGGUAUCUACUCCCCUAUUCCACAGACGGCAGUAUCAGAUUCGGAGAGCGAAGAAGAAUUGUUACGAGUUCAACAAGCAGCGAACAAGGUUACGACUCUGUGUGAGACGGCGACGAUUAUGUUAAACGGUAUCGGUAUGAAGGGUGAAAGGGAAAACGGAGCUGGUUGUUAUCCGCCUAGCCCAAGCGACGUCGAGGAAGCAAGCGGUGUUUUCCAUGCCGAUAAUGUGGCCAUUCUUAACGAGGCUGGGUCUAUUCCCGACCACACAAUGUCCACUCCGCGAAAGUGUUGCUUUAUUGCAUCGUUAGCGGUCUGCUGCCUGGCUCUGGUCACCUUUCUCUGGAUCAUUCCGUGUUCGGAUAAUCUGUCAUGCCCUGCAAGGUCAGAGCGCGUGAAGACUCAAAAUUGGAUAAGAAAUUAUGAAAAAAUUGAAUUGAAAGGUGUUAUCAAUGUGGUGGAGGGUGUUGUACACGGAAAGAGUAAGAAUCUCGUCUUUAUGUACCGUGGUGAUAAGUUGUACCCUGAUUUUGAAGAUUCUUACCACCGGCGGAACGGGAUCAUUUCAUUGAUUGGCAGCUCUGGCAAGGUAGCAUGGUACGACCAAAUGGUCCACGAACCGAAGAGCAUCGACUGUUCGCUCCUCGAUGCAGACCGGAGUGGUGCUCCAGAUUGUCUGGUAUUGGAUGAGUACGGCCAACUCGAGUGCAUUGACCCACUGUCCGGUGAGUGGUUGUGGCGUGCGGAAGGCUACAACAAACGGAGUCCCGGUGUCGGACGACAAGCCGAUAUGCUCGAUUUUCCUCUACUCAUACCGGAUGUGGAUGGUGACGGUGUAAACGAAUUGUUGUUUGUGACCAGCUCUAGCGAAACACGCCACAAUCGGCUAGUGAUGAUAUCCGGCCGGAAGGGUGUCACAAUCGGAGAUUCUUACGCCGUCAAGGAGUGUCUGUAUGUUCACAAGUUGACGCUCGACGGGGAGUUAAACGUAAAGUUUAAUUGUGUGCGCGAUAAAAGUGAACAGCAGAAGGCAAAGUCGUUGCCAGAGCUGUAUAAAUUGAUCCACCGGAAGGCACUCGACAUGCGAAUCGUGCGACGUAUGCCAAACGGAUUGCCGCAACACAAGUUCUUCGGACAGCGACGAAACACUGAAAAGCAGCGCACCAUCACGAACGUCGGUGGGAAACAGUUGGUGGUGGAGAACCGAGGUCGUUGCCCGGAAAACUGUUCCACUUCAGUUCUACUGACCGAAGAGUCCACCGGAGAGGUCCUGUGGAACGUAUCUGGUCGUGAACGUUUAUAUGGUAUGCAGCCUGUUAGACUGACUUUCGGCAAUUUCGGAGCCGAUAACCAAUCCACCGUGUUUGGAUUCGUGUUAAAAUUCUGGGAAUGGAGUCAGCGUGAUCUAGACAAUCGUAGCUCACGCUUCCGACGAACCGUACUUGGAAUGGCUCCCAGUUUGAACCGUUUCGGAUAUCAGCUCGUCCACCAGCAACCCUGGAUAGGGCCGCCGGGGCUCGAUGCUAUCUCCAAAACCUCCGCUCGAGGUCAAAACCAAUCUUCUUCGUCACAGUCGUCACACUCUACGAUGGGGAAUCAACCGAGUGGUGCGUUCCGCAAUCGAAUGCGGUUUUUGAAGGAAACGGUCAAACUGAUUGUUUUUAACUCGACUGACAUCAAGAUCGAGAACACAAGCCAAAGCAACGUAAUACAGUUUUGCCGCGAACCGAUCAACAGUGGCGAUGCAAACGCCGAGAUGCUUUGUCAGCCAGAUCUUAACUACCAAGAAAACUCUCUUUUGAUUGCCGAUCUCGAUGGCGAUGGAUCGCAGGAGUUGGUGUCAUACUAUUCCACCUUCGUUAAAACGGCGACCAGCGAGUCGGACGGGAUGGGUAUCGGGAUUGGAGCUGGACCCGGUGUCACGAUGAAGCUCAAAACAUUCGUACAGUUACUUCGCCUUGAAUCAGAGUUGCCAAAACUGUAUGCGACCAUGACACAAGAGAGCCCUUCCGGUAGCGCUAAGCAUCGAUAAAACCGAAAUACAAAAAGCGAAAACGAAAAGGGAAAAAUCCCUUCGGAUCGUGUGAUUGUGUGAUCUCAUACCAGCUUUUAUAGUGAUGUUGUUCGUUCUCGUUACGUUUUUUCCUUGUACCGCACGAUGUACUUGUUUUCCAGAAGUCCAGUUUUCCAGAGUUUUCCAUCCGUUCGUUUAGUUCCAAUGUUUAGUAACUACUCGAAUAAACAGAUAAUUAAAAGAAAACAAAAAACCCGUCUCGGUUCUUGUCUUAGUUCUAGUAAUUCACGUGAUAAAUCACCAAUCCAGAAGAUGUUUUUCUUUAUAAAUUUACUUAUUGAAUUAUUUAGUUCCAAUUGAGAGGAUUGGUCGUAAACGGCAGCAGCAUUGCGAGUUCAUUGACAGAUUCGUUGGUGUUUGCUUUGGUAAUCGAGACAAUUACUUCGAGUUUAUUAGCCAAGCCAG